AUGACCCCGCCUACUGGAGGAACAAUCGGAGGAAUGACCCCUCCUACUGGAGGAACAAUCGGAGGAAUGACCCCGCCUACUGGAGGAACAAUCGGAGGAAUGACCCAUCCUACUGGAGGAACAAUCGGAGGAAUGAUCCCGCCUACUGGAGGAAUGACCCCACCUACUGGAGGAACAAUUGGAGGAAUGAUUGGAGGAAUGACCCCACCUACUGGAGGAACAAUCGGAGGAAUGAUUGGAGGAAAAAUCGGAGGAAUGACCCCGCCUACUGGAGGAACAAUCGGAGGAAUGAUUGGAGGAAGAAUUGGAGGAAGAAUUUGA